AUGUCGAAGAUAGCUGCGCUCCGGCGCGCUCUCUUUUCUCCUCGCUCCCUCGUCGUCGUAUCCGGCGCGACGCUCGUGGCAGGCGGCGGUGGAUACUACUACCUCAACUCCGGGCCCUCGUACCCACCCUCGACCAAAGAGACGAGGAGGCCCCCUCCGCCAUGGACGCCUCCAUCUAGACAGCACAUGAUAAAUGCGCUCAGGGCUUCUGGGAAGAAAGAGGGCGACGCGUACCCGGAGGAGUUCGAUCUGCUGAUUGUUGGCGGUGGGGCUACAGGGGCGGGUGUGGCGGUCGAUGCUGCCAGCCGAGGUUUGAAGGUUGCACUCGUGGAGAGGGACGAUUUCAGUGCAGGAACGUCCUCAAAGUCCACGAAAUUGGUCCAUGGAGGCGUCAGAUAUCUGCAGAAGGCGGUCAUGGAGCUCGAUUACGAACAAUACAAGCUCGUAAAGGAGGCACUCCAUGAACGUCGGAUCUUCUUGCAGACAGCUCCCUAUUUGUCUGCUAUGCUUCCCAUCAUGCUUCCUAUUUACAAGUACUGGCAAGUGCCGUACUAUUGGGCAGGUUGCAAGAUGUACGAUAUCCUAGCUGGGAAGGAGAAUAUGGAGUCGUCGUAUCUCAUGAGCAAAGGGAAGGCCCUCGAGACGUUCCCCAUGCUCAAGCAGGACGGAUUGGUUGGCGCUUUAGUUUACUAUGACGGGCAACAUAAUGACUCGCGCAUGAACAUUGCUCUCAUCAUGACUGCUGUACAGCAGGGUGCGAUCGUAGCAAACCACGUUGAGGUGACUGAAUUACACAAGGACGUCAACGGAAAUGGUAAAUUGUAUGGUGCUCGGGUACAAGACAAGUUGACAGGGAAGUCGUGGGACGUGCGCGCAAAGGGUAUCGUCAACGCGACGGGUCCCUUCACGGAUGCCUUGCUCACAAUGGACAAUUCGGCACAUACACCGAUUGUGCAGCCGUCAUCUGGAAUCCACAUUACUCUACCAAACUACUACUCCCCGCGGACAAUGGGACUGCUCGACCCUGCAACAUCUGACGGACGUGUAAUUUUCUUCUUGCCAUGGCAAGGCAACACGAUUGCGGGUACGACGGAUUCACCAGCGAAAGUGGAGACAGAACCAAAGGCGCAGGAGGAGGAAAUUCGCUGGGUCCUCGAGGAAGUGCGGCGUUACCUCUCCCCAGACAUCAAGGUCCGGCGCGGUGACGUUCUCAGCGCAUGGUCCGGUUUGCGUCCGUUGGUUAGGAAUCCGAAUGCCGCAAGCACAGAAGGUCUGGUACGGAAUCAUAUGAUACAUGUGAGCGACAGCGGGCUGCUUACAAUUGCCGGAGGCAAGUGGACUACCUACCGCGCUAUGGCCGAGGAAACGGUGGACGAGGCUAUUAAAGUCUUUGGGCUCAAGCCACAUACUGGCUGUGUUACCGAUACCUUGCGACUUGUUGGCAGUGAUGGAUGGAGCAGGAAUAUGUUCAUUGGUCUUAUUCAGAGGUACGGUCUGGAGACCGAAGUUGCCAAACAUCUUUCGGAUAACUAUGGUGAUCGCGCCUGGACUGUCUGUUCACUCGCGCAGCCAACUGGAGAAGCGUGGCCACUUCACGGCAUCCGCUUAGCUCCAGGAUAUCCCUUUAUCGAAGCAGAAGUGCGCUACGCCGUCCGCCAUGAAUACGCUCAAACUGCCAUCGAUGUCAUCGCACGUCGGUGCCGUCUGUCUUUCCUCAAUGCUCAAGCCACUCUAGGUGCUCUCCCUCGUGUAGUGGAUAUUAUGGCAGAGGAGCUUAGGUGGUCCAGAGCACAUAAGCAGGAGGAGAUCGAGAAGGCGACCAGGUUCCUCUCGAGUAUGGGUCUGCCACCAGGUGCAUUGCCGACGAGUUCAAUGUUUCAGCCGAAGGGCCUCCUCGAGCGCGUUGAAAAUGUGCUCGGCAUUGGCGCUGGCGCACGUAGAAGGCGUGCUGCCCCAGAGAUGAUCUACAGCCGUGCCCAAUUCGAGACUGGCGAGGUUGACGCGCUGCGUGAAGCAUUCGCGAGCAAGACGCACGGCGGUGCGGACCUCCAGGCGCGGAUGAAACUCGACGAGGUUCUGAGUCUUGUCAAAGGGUUGCCAGGUUACGAGGGAAUCAAGCGCAAGGACUACGAUUAUGUGCUUGAGGAGGUUGGAUUUUCAAAGGUGUCCGACGUUGAUUUUGAUCAGUUUGUUGAGAUCUGCGCUGAGCUCCGGGAAAUUCUCUUUGCGUCCGCAUCCACAACCCCAUCGAAGAUCGAGCGUCUGAGGAUUCCGGUUGAGAAGAGCGGUGGAGGCGUUUGA